AUGCCUGGAUGGACUGAUUUGUCACACGAAACCAAGACCGAAAUCGUGAAUCGAUUGGAUUUGAUGAGUCGGUGAGUGGUCCCAGCGAUCGAAAAAAAAGAAACUGAAAGUUUUCCUCCAGAAAUGCUCUGAAAUCGUGUGCUCGCGCCGAAAGAGCUCUGGUCGACGGGACCGAACUGUUUUUGCCACGUGUCCGAUUCGUUUUCCAAGGCGAUGCCGCACUGAUUGCGGCCUACUCGAGCAUCGAUCGCUUUUUGAGAUUAGAGUUCUGGAAAGACAAGGAGAAAAAUGUCGUUAUUCACAGGUUUCGGGGGUUUCUAUCAAUUGGCUAUGCAAACGCGCUCCGCUGCACUCAGCGCUUGUUCUCAAUGUACGUUUUUAGUACAAGAAAAUGUGAAAUUUCAAGCAAAAACCAGAAACAUGUUAAAAAAGGUAAGUGCUGAGUGCAGCGGAUGCGCGGUUGCUUUUCCGAACGGGUAGAAAUCACAAAAACUUUCUAUUUUUCAGAUCGGAAAACGAUUUCAACAUGAAGCCGAGCGCCCGGAUUCCGAACGGAGACAUCCUCGAAUCGGCCGUCUCCGUCCUCAAAUCCCUUUUCGCCCACAAAAACAUUUUUCUGGGAGGACUCGAAAUGGAGCUGCCGGACGUGAGAAACUAUGAAAAAUGGGGGCACGACAUCAUGAGACAACUGGUUGGCUACCGUUUCCGAGCCAGAAAAGUGAUAUUCAACUGGAGGAAUUUUGGUGAAGACUUUCUCUUCAACGCAUUGUGCGUGCGCGAGGAUUUGGAGGAACGGGCAAGAAUCGGAAUGGAAAUCGACACGUACGGCAUCGAAAAAGGCUACUACUACGUGCUCGACUCUUUCAAAUUCUGUAAUGCCGACGCGAAACCGGCCUGUGAGUUUAUUGCCUUUUAUUUAACAAUUUUGGACAACUUUUUCUCGGAAAAACUAAUUUUUCAUAUUUUUUACUCGGAACAUUUCAGUCGCCUCGACGAUCGUAAUGUCCGAAUCGGAGAACAACGUGAACUUCGCGAUUGCGGCGUUGGCGUUCGCCCGAAAAAUGGGAUACGCGCGAGUGCGCUCGAAAAUUAUGAAAGCCAACUUUCCGAAGCCCAAUGUGAAGUGAGUCGGUUCCCUCGUGUUUCAGAAAUCGGUUUUCUUUCCAGAGGUCACAAAGACGUGAAAAUCCUGCGAACGGAUUCGGUGGUCGCGGGCGUGUCCCUGUACGUGUGCACUUCUGCGUGUGGAAUGUGGGUCUACGCGGUGCGCGACGAUGCUCAACAUCUUUUCAUCGAAACGUUCAAGUCUGUGCGGUGCGGUCUCGGGUGGCUGUGCAAGAAGUGCUCGGAUCCGUUCGAAUUCGCCUACCAUCGGGACCUGGCCCGUCGUUCCGUCCACGAGCCCCGCUUCACCGGAAUCAUGAUUCCGCCCAUCACUGCCAGUCACGCCGACUUCAUGAAAGACGUUAAGAAACUGGGAGAAGCCUACGUCAAACUCGACAAAUCGAGGGAGAAGAAGGUCCCGAAAGUCACCAAAAUCAUCAAAAAACAAGCAAAACUGCCCCAGGAAAGCCUCGCUUCGGUGCCAGUGAAAAGUUCCACUUUCCUGGCAGUGAAAAGUUCCUCGUCGAUCCGUGUUUCCCUCUUGAUCUCCAUCCAAAUGUUCUUCUUCUUCCUCUGGUACAACUCGUUCUCCUCGCUCCUUCUCAAUUGGGUUUUCGCCAAUUUCACCGCUGGAGUCCUCUUGUUUUUCUAUUACUGA